AUGGCUCUAGCUGAUAUAAAGCCUGACCUGAAGUUAAUUGCAAAAAACUGCGAAUUUGAACACUUAAAAGAUGGACUCAUUCGUGAUAGAAUAGUUUGUGGUACGAACUCUUCCAGAGUAAAAGAACGUUUACUUCGAGAGGAUGGGUUGACACUGGACAAAGCUGUUGGUAUUUGUCGCGCCGACGAAGAAUCUCGAAAACAGAUGAAGACGUUGAAUGACGAAGAACAAGUACACGCUUUGAGGAGGAAAACACAACACCAAAGAAAUAACCGAAAUGAAGGCUACGCAAAGAUAGGUCCGAGCAGACGAGAUCACGAGAAGCGAGGGUCGAAUUCGAGUUUCAGUUGUGGAAAGUGCGGAACAACUCACGAGAAAAGAAACUGUCCUGCAUACGGUAAAAAGUGCCAUAAAUGCAAAAAACCGAAUCACUAUCAGAAGUUCUGUAAAUCAAAAUUGUCGAAAAGUGUUCACGGAUUAGAUGAAUAUUCUUCAUGCGAAUCGGACGGUGAAAAUUACCUCGUAGGAGCAGUAAACAGAAAAACGGAAAUCAAGGAAAAUGCUUGCUUUACAUCAUUCAAAUUGCAAGGUAAGACAGUACAAUUUAAAAUCGAUACUGGUGCUCAAGUCAACAUCUUACCGCUUUCAAUUUACAAGAAAUUGUCAAACUUGAAAUUAAGCAAAACUUCCACUUCUCUUACUAGCUAUUCAGGAGAUAAACUCAAAGUUAAAGGAAAAUGUUCGUUGUAUUUGAAAGACAAAAACUGUGAAUUCUUUGUGACGGACACAAAUCAAUCUCCGCUAUUAGGAUUCAAGGCGUCAAAUGAGUUAGGUCUUAUUCAUGUUAUUAUGACGGUACAAACAGACGUUGACGAUCCUGUCAAAUCGUUUCCGAAAGUCUUGACAGGCUUAGGAUGUCUAGAAAAACCUUACCAUAUCAAAAUAGACUCAAGCGUCAAUCCUGUAAUAAACCCGCCGAGAAAGAUACCCGCCGCGCUUCGAGAAAAGCUCAAAGGUACAUUAAAAGAAAUGGAAGACAAAGAAGUAAUCCGAAAGGUCGACGAACCGACAGACUGGGUGAAUUCGUUGGUUGUUGUAGAAAAGCCGAAAACAGGAAAGUUGAGGAUUUGUUUAGAUCCAAGAAAUUUGAAUAAAGCGAUAAAAAGAGAACAUUUUGCGCUACCAACAAUAGAGGACAUAACCACACGACUGACAGGUGCUAAAUAUCUAAGUAAACUAGACUGCAAUAGUGGAUAUUGGCAGUUACGCAUGGAUAAAGAGAGCCAGCUCCUUACUACGUUUAACUCUCCAUUCGGGAGGUAUUGCUUCUUACGAAUGCCCUUUGGAAUUAAAUCGGCACAAGAAGUAUUUCAAAAACGAGUGACACAAUUGUUUGAAAACCUAAAAGGAGUAGAAACUGAUAUCGACGAUAUUCUAGUGUGGGGAACAACGCGAAAGGAACACGAUGAUAGACUUCGCUCAGUUCUUAACAGAUGUCAAGAGGUUGGGCUUACGUUAAAUGCCGAAAAAUGCAAGUUUCGAGUAAAAGAGGUGACGUACAUAGGACAUACUCUAAGCGCAGAUGGAGUUAGACCCGAUCAGGAAAAAAUACGGGCUAUCAAAGAAAUGCCGGCUCCAACAGACAAAAAAGGAAUACAAAGACUACUAGGGACAAUUAAUUAUUUAGCAAAGUUUGUUCCGAAUAUGUCAGCAGUUACAGAGCCUAUCAGAAAGCUGUUAAAAGAAGAAAAUGAAUUCAUUUGGACACAUGAACAGCAACAAGCAUUUGAGAAACUAAAAGACAUUAUUACUAGGAAUCCAGUAUUAAGUUUUUAUGAUGUGUCAAAACCAGUUACUGUAAGUUGUGAUGCAUCCCAAUGCGGUCUAGGGGCAAUGUUGAUCCAGGACAAUAAACCUGUUGCAUAUGCAUCAAGGUCAUUGACAGAUGCCGAAAGCAGAUAUGCCAACAUAGAAAGAGAAUUACUUGGUGUGCUAUUUGGAUUGGAAAGAUUUAAUGAUUACACGUAUGGUAAACACAUAAAUGUUGAAUCUGACCACAAACCGUUAGAGAUGAUCGUGAGAAAAUCUCUAGGGUGUGCUCCGCCACGACUACAGAGGAUGUUACUGAGGUUACAAAAAUAUGAUUUCUCACUGAAGUACAUACCAGGGAAGGAUUUAAUAGUUCCAGACAUGUUAUCGCGAGCGCCGAUAAAGAUCAACACAAAUAAUGAAGUGGAAAAUGAUAUAGAGUGUUUCGUGAACAUGGUCAUAAGAAAUACAUCAAUGUCUGAUAGAAAUCUUGAACAAAUAACGGAAGAAACUUCAAAGGAUGGUACCUUACAAACACUGACCAGGCUAAUAAUAGACGGCUGGCCAGAUGAGAAAAAUGAGGUUCCCAAGGAGGUUUUUGAAUAUUGGAAUUUCCGGGAUGAAUUAUCAAACGUAAAUGGAAUUAUUCUAAAAGGAGAAAAGAUAAUUAUACCAGCGAGUAUGAGAAAGAAUAUUCUCAACAAACUACACGAAGGACAUUUGGGAAUAGAAAAAACCCGAAAAUUAGCAAGAGACUCUAUUUAUUGGCCAGGAAUUAAUGCACAGAUUACUGAUUUUAUUUCGAAAUGCAGUGUGUGUUUAGAAAGCAGAAGAUCAAACACAAAAGAGCCAAUGUCCGAAAGUGAAUGUCCAGAUCUACCGUGGAUGACAGUUGGUACCGAUAUUUUUUAUUGGAACAAUAACAAUUACUUGAUCAUUGUAGAUUACUACUCAAGAUAUUUUGAAAUUGCGAAAUUAGAGAACAUACGUGCGUCAUGCGUUAUAACACACAUGAAAUCCGUUUUUGCGAGACACGGCAUACCGACAAAAGUCCGAAGUGAUUCAGGAUCUCAAUACGUAUCAGCUGAAUUUCGACAAUUUGCAGAAUCAUGGGGCUUCACACACACAGUGUCUAGUCCACACUAUCAACAGUCCAAUGGAUUAGCCGAGAGAUUCGUUCAAAGCGUCAAGAAAAUGCUAAGCAAAUCUAAAGAGGACGGAAAAGAUCCGUAUAUUGCUAUGUUAAAAUACAGAAAUACACCGUUGGAAAAUCUUGACUCACCAGCUCAACUAUUAAUGAAUAGAAGACUGAGGACAACUAUUCCGACAAUAAAGAACCGUUUGAAACCAAAAUGCGGGAAUUUGAAGAACACACAAAUCAAAAUGAAACAACAAAAAAUAAAUCAAAAACAAUAUUACGAUAAAAGUUCAAAACCAUUACCUGAAUUACAGCCGAAUGAUACUAUUCGAUUCCAGCACAAACCGAAAGGAAAAUGGGACCAAGGAACUGUUGUGAAAUAUAAUAACACUCCGAACUCAUAG